AUGGUUAAUAACGAAGAAAUGACAUCACAAGAACAAUUUAAAGCUAAAGAAUUCUUACUUAAAGAAGAAGACUUAUUUGCUCAAAGUAUUGAAAAUUUAGGACGUACUAAUGUUACCACCCAUAGCAUUAAUACAGGUGACGCCACUCCGAUUAAACAAGGCUAUUAUCGGGCUGCCUAUGAAGAAAACGAACUUUUCGAACUAAUUGAAGUCUUACCUUAUGUAAGAUACAACGCCGUAAAACGAAUCGAAAAGGUACAAGAAAGGGCCAAAGAGAAGUACGAUAAUCAAUUAUCUCCUAUAAAGGAAAUAAAAAAAGGAGAAUUGGUUUUAGUAUACAAAGCGUCACAGCAACAUUCUAAAAGCCAUAAACUCCAUCCAAAAUGGAAAGGGCCCUUCGUCGUUCAUAAAGUACUACAAAAAGGCAAGACAAGUCAAGGAUGGACAAGUAGAAAUAAGAAUGUCGAUGAUUACAUUAAAGAAUUUCAACUUAUAGCCACGAAAUACGACAAUGGAUUUGGCUCUAGAUUUUCUACAACGUGGCUAGAUGGUAAAAGAAUAAUUUCAGGCGAAGAUGAAGAAUGCACACAAUCAUGUGUAGUUGCACUUAAAUUUUACCUGGCUCACGAAAGAAUUUCUUAA